AUGGAACAGGUGGAUUAUAUAGAGAUCCAGGCAUAUAGUAAAGAGGCUACUCAAGACAUCUCGCUACUACGAAAGAGAAAAACUCAUUGGAAUGACACGUUAUCGAAAUAUGUAUCAGUCACCAAGAGAUCAAGGACAACAGUAAAUGGUGAUGACAAGGAUGAUAAAAUGGAAGAACGAAAGGUCAUUCAAUCGCAUGCUGAACCAAGCUCCAAUGUAACUCAUGAUCGGGUCAUCUCUGAUCUAGUCGUAACGUUGCUAUCGUCAAAUCACACGAGCCUGCCCAUUUCACUGCCAUUCUUACUCACUCUCCUCUUGCAACAAGAACAAUCCUUGACUACUCAACCUGCUGCUACCUUUGUAGUAACAGAGGCACAAGUCACUCUCAUCUUACAAAAGCUACGAGGUCAAGGAAGCGUCAUACUUGACAGUGUCAAGUUAAAUGAUUCCGAUACUGAGGAUACUCUGAUCAUCGUUGAUGCUGGCCGAACAAGUCGUCAUUUGCCUCUUCGACACGUCACAAUCCCAUCACCAUCAAACAACAACAAGUCACCAAACAUUCCAAGGCUCGACAUCUGGACCGGCUCAAACCCUGAUCUUAAGGAAGCCGAAGAUCUACUCGCCAAGAAAUCAUUCCGUGAAACUCAAGUUGAAUCGGUUUGGAGUGCCAUUGAUUAUAUGAUCAACAAGCCUACUGCGAAAUCGCAACUCGUUAAUGAAAAGUUGAAGGGCAAGGAGGAUGUAUCUUUCCGAGAAUUUUGUGAAUGGGGUUUACGAAUUGAGUGUAGACGAAGAUGUGCUCCUGGUGUCCAUUGCUCAAAGCUACACUUUCGUCGAAUCAUGCUUCCUCAAACUGACAUUAAGCUUGGUGAUUGCUCAUAUCUGAAUACCUGUCAUCACAUGGACAACUGCAAAUUCGUUCACUAUGAAUUUGAUGAGAAUGUGAGGGGUGAUAUUGAGCGACCUCUUCCGAUUUUGAACGUUGGAAAGCCUCUGCCAGCUCAAUGGAUCAACUGUGAUGUUCGACGACUGGACUACACCAUUUUGGGUAAAUUCUCAGUCAUUAUGGCCGAUCCUCCUUGGGAUAUCCAUAUGCAAUUACCAUAUGGAACAAUGACGGACGAAGAAAUGAGAAGCAUGCCAAUCUCAGUCCUUCAAGAUGAAGGCUUCAUCUUCCUAUGGGUUACAGGUCGAGCUAUCGAACUAGGUCGAGAAUGUCUGACGACAUGGGGCUAUGAUCGUGUUGAUGAAUUGAUCUGGGUCAAGACCAAUCAAUUACAGAAACUGAUUCGAACUGGUCGGACUGGACAUUGGUUUAAUCACUCCAAGGAACAUUGUAUUAUCGGUGUUAAGGGCAAUCCCACAUGGCAUAAUCCUGGUGUUGAUACUGAUGUUUUGGUUGCUGAGGUUCGAGAGACAUCAUGGAAGCCUGAUGAGAUAUACGGUCUGAUUGAUCGAUUGUCACCUGGUACACGAAAACUCGAGAUAUUUGGAAGACAACACAAUACUCGUGAUGGUUGGAUGACUCUUGGGAAUCAGCUGGAUGCUGUGAGGAUUUAUGAACCUGAUGUCUUGCACGAAGAGACCAUUGCGUGGUUUGCUGCCCAAGCCGAAGCAACUUACGAGCCUGAUUCCCUUGAUGUCAGUUUUACGGCGUGCUGUAUGCUGACAGGACUAGAUAGAGUAAACCCAUUCAAGAGUACGGGUCAAGUAGCCUUUCUGGAUACAAGGGAAUUACCUAAUGCCAACUCUGCUCACGUCAAGCAUUUUCAAAGUAAGAAUGAGGCGGAUGAUGCGGUGGACUCUUUUCCUUAA